AUGGAGGCAAGAGUGCCCCGUGUGCUUAUUAGUAUAGCACUUGCAGUUUUCCUGCCUAUGGCGUCUACAAACCAGGAGCAGAUAGCUAAAGAAAACAUACCUCACUCAAGACAAAAGAGACUACUCUGGAUAACCAAUGAUGGACGACUAGCUCUGCCACCAGGAACUACAAUGGCUAUAACACCUUCACUGUCGAUGCCAUUCGUUCGGCAUCCUCCGAAAGGAUUUUUGUCUAAUAUGACAGUGAGCUUUCCAUUUACAAUUGAUUUCGACAAACUAGGACUCACAGAUAAUGAAAAUCCAUACGGCGAUCUUCCGCCAAUUUUCGCACGAUCAAUGGGUGGAGAAGCUGCAUCUGUGAUGGCAAAUUACAUUGGACAUUAUUUAGAUAAUCGACGUGGGAAACGAUCUGCACGGGUACCCAUACCUCCAGAGCUGGAAGAGGCAGUCCUGGACAGGUUUCACGGUGGUGAAAGAGCCCUAAUGUAUGGCAUAGCAGAGGAUCUCUUAGCUAACUUCGGUCUAUCAGGCAAGGAGUGCCUUCUGCGAGCUAUUUGUGAAAUUCAUGCGCACCCAUUAACAAAUUUUGGAUUCCUAGGAGAAGUAAUGAAAUUAUUCUUUAGCCCUACUAAGUCCCCGUAUUCCAGCUUUUUAGAAGAGUACGUUGAAGCACAGCGGGCUGGUGAAUCUGGCGGUGAAUGCUGGCCGUACUACCGCCUAUGCCCGAAAAGCAUUUUUCAACCAUCCUCCGCUAACAAGUAUUCGGAAACAGCAGAAAAUCUACACAGGCGGCAAGAACAAAAUAGCAUUGAUGAGAACAACAUAGAAGUAAAAGCAAUGUAG